AAGCCUAUCUCGGACAUUUUCCGAAUCGGAGUACAUUUUUCCAAUUUAAGCAUGAAGUCGUUGGUCGUGCUGCUGGUCGUGGCUUUUGCAGUGGGCGCAUCGGCUCAGUGCAAGUGUGAGUCUAUGAAGUGGGCCACGUGCGACGGGACCCCAUGCGAGUGUUUCCUUCUGGUCGGCAAUGGUGAAAAACAACCUCUGAACUGCUCUGCCUUGAUCCCCAAGUGCUUCCUGAUGAAGGCGGAGAUGUACCGCGCCCGGAAGGGUCUGUCCACCCGCACCAUUGGUGGCAAGCCGGUGGAGACGGCCUUCGUGGACAACGACGGCAUCUACGACCCCGAGUGCGAGUCCAAUGGCCUGUUCAAGGCCAAGCAGUGCAACGGCACGGAGGAGUGCUGGUGCGUCAACAGCGCCGGGGUGCGGCGCACGGACAAGGGCGACAAGAACCUGAAGUGCGAGGAGUUGGUGGAGACGCACUGGGUGCGUUUGGAACUGAAGCACAAGGAGACAUCAGCCGAUGUGGAUCCUGCUCAGCUGAAGAGUGCCAUUGCCGAUGCCAUUCAGCAACGCUACCAGCUGGAUAAGAAGUUCGUGAGUGACAUUCAGUAUGACAAGAAUGCGCGUCUUAUUGUGGUGGACGUUAAGAAAGACAUCGGUGACAGGAAGGAGGACCUGUCCCGCAUGGCCUACUACAUGGAGAAGGAUGUCAAGGUCCUGCCCCUCUUCAAAGAAGAGCUGAAGUUUGAACCCAGUGUUGCUGGCCAGAAGCUGCAGUUUGAGAACAUCCUGGUCUAUUAUGUGGAUGAGAAGGCCCCCACCUUCACCAUGCAGAGACUGACCGGGGGUGUGAUUGCCGUCAUCGUUGUGGUCAUCCUUGCAGUUGUUGCAGGGUUGGUGGUUCUGUACCUCGCCAGGAGACGGGAACGUGCCAAGUACGAGAAGACACAGGUCAGGGAGCUGGACGAGAUCCAACAGUCUCUCUCUUGAAUCCUGAUGCUGCUGGAACUCGAGUCCGUUUCCUGGUAUGAGCUGAAGGAGGAACUGUCGCGAUGGACCGCGAACACCCGUGUCACUCAUUCACAAAACCUGUGCAACCAGCAGAUGAAAGCAUUAUUUUUCUUUAAUGCGGGUGCAACUUGUGGGCUUACCACCUUGCUGCAACGCAUUUUCCAAUGUACUGUGGCAUUCCCAAACUAUUUAUGAGCUGAAGACUUUCUUGAACUGGUUUGUGAGAUAAUGCACUAGUUACAAAACCAAGAAGUGAUGUCCUUUUUUAAUGCAUUUGCCAUUAAUUGUUUUAAUCUUUUUUUUUUACAUGUAUUUUAGAUAGAAUGGUGUCCAUCUUUGCUUCUUUGUGUAUUGAUUUAAAUGGUUUGUAAUAAAAUGUCUAAAUUUAAA